AGAUGACACCAGUUACCCGGCAAGAAGUUCUUGGCCUUUAUCGCAAGAUACUCCGAAUAGCCAAAAAAUGGCAGUCGUCAUCAGGACAGAUAGAAGAAACUAUUAAAGAGAAAGAGUACAUUAGAAAUGAAGCCAAAACGUUAUUCAGAAAAAACAAAAACGUAACGGAUCCAAAGUUGAUUAAGCAGUGCGUAGAAGAAUGUGAGGCAAGAGUAGAAAUGGGACUUCACUAUAACAUCCCCUACCCGAGACCCAUCCAUCUGCCUCCUAUGGGUCUUGCCCAUAAACAAGGCCGUACGUUGCGACACCAGGAAAAGUUAAGGAAGAUUUCUAAGCCAAUCUACCUGAAAUCCCACGAUGAAGUUUCGUAACCCCUCAUUCCAGCUGUGGUGUGUAAUCACAUCGUUUAAGCUGUGGACAGUACUCCAGGUGACUUGUGUUCACAACUGUGAAUGAAGCUGGUUUGGUCACUUGCUCAUGCACUUCCCGAGGCCAAAAAACCAAUUGAUACAUUUCAUGGGAUAGGAUUGGUCUAGUAUUUAUUACGUUUCAGUCACGGAGUCAUCAAUAAAAGUAACGCUUUUCAAGGA